AAGAGAGAGAGCAAGAGAGGGGGAGGAGACAGCAUGCAACAGAAAUGUUCAGGUCCAGAGAGAGUAAAGACAGAGAGAGAGAAAGAGAGAAAAAGUGGAUGACAGGGCCACUCACACAGAGAGAGAAUAACAGAGGACAAGCGUGUGUGUGUGUGUGUGUGCGUGCGUGCGUGUGUCUGUGAGAGUGUGUGCAUAGAGGCGCAUUUACAGAAGCGGAGAAGAAGGAGAAGCUGUGAGAGAACGGCAGCGCUGAAACGGCUGUGAAGGAGAACAACAGAGGGAAGGAAGAAAAGACAGCAGUGAAUACCUGAAGACCUGAGGCUGCAUAACCAGACACAGAGAAGAGAGGAAAAUUAGCCAGCGAGGCAUCGCAGGACCUCUGGUGGUACACAAGCUCUUUGGCUGUCGGGCAGACUGGAGGAAGGAUGAAGAGAGGGCGCCACUAAAAGCCACUGCUGGGCCUCACCACAGGAGACCGGGAGAGAGUGUGGCGGACGAAGCGACCAGACGGAGGAAGAGAAGAAGAGAAGGAACGCUCCACCACCAGCCUCUGUCCUCCAUCAUUGUGGCUGAAGGAAGGAGUGACGCAUCCUUUGACAGCUCAGCCUCCAUCUUACCUUCCGUCCGUCUGUACCUACAAACAUCCACCUUCAGCCUCUCAGGGUCUCACGGAAAGGAAUGAGCACAUUGUCUGGUCCUUCUCCUCCUUCCAUUCUGCUGUUAGAUGCACUUAGACCAGAGGGCCACGUAACCCACGUAGGAAACGGCUGGGGUGUAACACAACUAUUGUCACCUCAGAGCACAGGACACAGGUCUACGACUGCAUCUCCCAGCACCUCCCACCAUCAACAGCCACCUACCACCAGAACCAGGCAGAGCCAGGUUUUCCAUUCUUGGGAUGAUUUGAACGAUACAUUACAGCUGGAAUAAUCAACCACAACACAGGUAUCAGAGCCUAAGAUGGUUAUGAAGAUGACAGUCAGACCAUUUGACCCUCUGAAAGCACGGGUGUCACUCUGAAACUCUUUAGGGAAAGGCAAACAGUAACGCGGUAAGGUGCUCCCCGGAGACUGAUAUUGGCCAACUAGCCAACUAAGGACUGAGUUUGAAAGUCUACCAACCCUUCGCACCAACUUGGAAUUCAGGAGUGGUGCUCCCAGGAGCAGAGGAGUCAAUCCGAGAGCUUUCCAUUGACUCUGAAUCACCUCCACAAAAAUACCUCUGCCUUAUCAGGCCCUAGCCAAUGGGCCAAAGGUCAUGGAACCAUAAUCGAGCGCGAGAGACAGAGAAAGUUCCAGUCUGAGUGUUUGCAGGUUUUUCUCACACACCAGACCGUCUCACAAUCUAAGGUAGAUACUGAGAGGAAAUGCUGGUUUCAGCUGCCGUCACAUAGAAAGUAUCAAGCCCCUGUUUGCGUAAUUUCCCUUUGGCAAACCACAGAAGGCCGUGUGAGAACAUAGAACCAAACGGCUAGUGAACAGCCAGUGCUGCUUGAACACGUCAUUGUCAGAACGUAGAACUCUUCACAAUCCUGGUGUGUGACUGUGUUAUGUGAGCAUCUAUAUAUGUACAUACAAGAUUAUUUAUUGGUGUUUCCACUGAAAACAUAUUGUUGUGCUGAUGCAUUAAGUCCUGUCUGUCGUCUGGCUGUUAUUGUGGUUGAACACAGGAACAUAUCUUCAUUACACACACAAGAUUUUACAGGGUAGUCUUAAAAGGCAAGGACUGUUCUCUGGGUCUAUUAUCAAAGGACAGCGUUUCUGACUGUUUGAGUGUUUCUGGCCAUUAGUCCUCUGUCCUUCUGUUUCACACAGAGUGCUCCUAACAGCAGUCCAUCCAGAGAGGCCCUUCUGAUAAAAAACAAAACAAUGGACAGAAUCAUGCGUCCCCACGUCCCCUCUAAUGGCUGACUCUGACACUCCCAGUCCACUUCCCGCCGCGGCCCCCUCUCUCUAACGCAAACACACAGAUAAGCUUCAUGUCCAUGUCCUGCCUCAGGCGGCAGCCUGUGACCAUCCCCAUGGAUACCGUCAAGAUCAUCCAAUCGGAGAAGUUCCCCCGGGAGUGCCAGGUGCCCGCCACCCAGCCUCGCUUCGCACCUCCCCCGCGGGUGGCGUGGGACGGAGGGGGAGAGGGAGAGAUCAUCGUCAACCAGGCGUGCAGCGACCUGGCUCUGGAGGUGACCCGCACCGACAUGGCGCCCGCCCGACCCAUGGUCUCAUCUCCGCCCGGGCCCAUCGUCCGCAUGGGCCGCCGGGAGAGCUACCUGGCCCAGCGCAAAGCCAGCGCCGCGGAGAUCUGCUACCACCAGUUCCACUACAAGAUGGAGGACGUCAUAGUCAACCAGUACGUGCUGCGCUCCUCUUCCACCUCCUCCUCCACCUCCUCCAGCUCCUCGGGUCCCGUGAUGCCGUGCGAACCCCUGGACUGCCCCACCUGCAGCCACACCUACAACUUUGCGGGCAAGCGCCCGCGCAUCCUCUCCUGCCUGCACUCUGUGUGCGAGGAGUGCCUGCAGAUCCUCUAUGAGUCCUGCCCCAAGUACAAGUUCAUCUCAUGCCCUACGUGUAGGCGGGAGACCGUGCUGUUCACCGACUACGGGCUGGCGGCCCUGGCCAUCAACACCAGCAUCCUGAGCCGGCUGCCCUCCGACCCCAACGGUCCGGUGCAGUGGGGGGGCGAGGCCGACCGGAGCUGCUACCAGACGGUGCGCCAGUACUGCCAAUCAGCCUGCACAUGCCAAAUCGCCAACCCCCUGUCUUCGUGCGGCAUCAUGUAGAGACCGGGCAGAGGCCAAACUGGCAUGACUUAACUCUGCCCGUCCUACUCCUCCUCCUCCCCCGUCCUCUCUGUCUCACGUACAUACAGCCCCGUACAGAUGUAUCUCUAUAUUUAAUAGCACAGACGGAUGCUGUCUGGGUCAGAUGGAUGGUGAAGGUCACCGUCUUGCAGACGAAAAAACAGGGCAAUAGCAAAUAAAUGUAUUUUAUGUAUGAA